UGAUUCUUGCUUGAUCCUUGGCCCAUCAAAACAUUCACUAUUAAUGGGAACAUAAGCUCUAUAACUGCAUCUGUUUAGAGGCCUUUCGGGAUCCGCCUUCGAUCCGGUUGGCUAAGACGACAAGCCACCCACUUGGACCUACCUAAUCCUGACAAGCAACCCGACCCGACUACCAGUGUACCUGAAGCAAUCUGGAGGAUCAGUCAAGAUCUCUGCAAAAGACAGAGACAUAUCGAGGCAAUUGCUGAGCGGGAAUUUCGAUAUUCAAAUCUUUGUGAGCUCGGGUUGCCACCUGAUCAUUCUCCGUGUCUUACCCCACCUUAGGCACAUUUUCGCGAUUCUGAUGUGCUGAGAAGAAAUUGGACUAGUGAAGAGACUUAGGAAUUUUCGAGGAUCGAUUCAACCUACCCAUAUUGAGGCUCAAAAAGGAGGGUGAAAAGGUCUCCACACUUGCUCAAGGCCAUCCAACUAUGUCAGAUGACCUUUCGCCUUCAUCCAAAACGGAUGCCCCUGCUGUCAAAAGCAUCGGGUUCAAGCCAUUGGAUCUCCAACAUACGCCUACGAUAGACUCCGGUCUACCUCCAGAGAUAUGGACUAUUGUACAAUCUGCGGCUGCCAACUUCCCUCCGCAAUACUUUCUAGAGGUCAGUCGCAGUCUGCUAGAGAAUCCCAACCGUACGGCGUCGCACCUCUCACGGGCAGAGAUCUCGUACCAGAGCUUUGCAGACGCCUCCUAUAAUCCUCUUGCACAGCAUCCGCACGAAUUAGCGAGUAUCGUGAAGCACAUGAAGAAGGAACACCAACCUAUUAUCAUUCCAGGCGGCAUCCCAGACUACAAUUUGGAAUGGACAGUUGUCCGGAAACUUAUCCCUCGCAAUCCCAAGCUCGACGAACCAUUGAUACAAACAUGCCAUCUCUUCACCUCUACCUCAAAAGUAACCGUACGGGAAGACGCAUCCGCUGGUCCCAACGACGGCUCUACCACCAUAGACGCAGAACGUUACCUGGUCAUCUACCUACCGCAUGUCACAUCCCCUGAAUCCAUUCCAUUCUACCACCCCAAAAUCCGAGCCCUUGCCAUCUUGUACACCUACCAAGCAAAUGGUCUAGGAAACUUAUCAAUCCACUACGACCUCUUCUCAUCCUACCCGCUGGACAAUCGCCUCACACGCACCGCCCUCAAGAUGCUGGAGGUCAUUCACAAGCACUCGCGAGGCCAAGAAGCAGGCUACCAGAAGCGCGUACACCACGACCUCAUCAUUGGGCAGAAACCCUUCCAGGAUACGUAUACUUUCCUCAAGGGGAAGUAUGCGAAGGGACUGAUCGACAAUUGGGUCGAGCAGACGCUGGCGCAGAAACAUGUCUUCGAGGAUCUGGGUAUCGCGGCGUUUUUGAUUGAACUUUGGGUGGAUAUGUAUGGUGGAGAUAAGGACGACUCAGACACUAACCUCGACGGCAAGGGAAUCAGUGGCGACGGUGAUGAUGUUCAAACGCGACUUCAGGAUGCACGGAGAAGAACUGCGAAGAAGAACUUCCCAGGGUUCGUGGAUAUAGGUUGUGGCAACGGAGUGUUGGUCUGGAUCCUGAACGAAGAAGGUUGGCGCGGCUGGGGCUUCGAUGCUCGCAAACGAAAGACUUGGGAUAUGUUCGGGGCAGGCUAUGAAGAUAAACUGAAGGAGAUGCUUCUUGUGCCUGAAGUCAUGAAUUCAACGGCCGUGACCAGUAGUAGUGGAGACGAGCAAGACAAAAAUGAAUCAGACCCAACAGUAGCAGCGGAGGAGGAAGAAAAGGAAGAGGAAGUAACGACCGCCUCGUCGACACCAGCACACAACGGCAUCUUCCCCACAAACACCUUCCUCAUCGCCAACCACGCCGACGAACUCACAGUUUGGACCCCUAUCUUAGCAUACCUCUCCUCCUCCCCAUUCAUAGCAAUACCCUGCUGCAGUCACAACUUCGCAGGCACGCGGUUCCGAGCCCCCCACAAGUCCACCAGCAACAUCGAGCACGGCCUGAACUUCCAGCCUGGCGGUGGCAGCGAGAACAAAGUGAAGGCUGGCGCCGGGAAGCAGCAGCAGGUCUCGGCGUAUGCUUCGUUCUGCAGCUACGUGGCGAGCCUGACGGCUGAUGUGGGAUUUGUGCCCGAGAAGGAGCAUUUGAGGAUCCCGUCGACAAGGAAUGCUGCCAUAGUCGGACGGAAGAGGAGGAAGGCAGAUGGUGAGGAGAAGGAGACGACGUUGGAAGAGAAAUUGGAGUUCGCGAGAGGGGUUGUGGAGAACGAGAUGCCGAAUGCUAGCAUCAAGCAAGUGCACAUGCAUUGGAUUAAGAGAGGAGACGUGUUGAUGAAGCCAGGUAAAUUUCCUGGCCACUGAUGAAUGAAGAAAACGAAAAGACACAGUCUGUCUACUCAUGAAAUCAUCAUAUUACAUUAGCUCGAGUACCUGACCUUACGCUUCUAUACCUAUACCCAUUUACUAGGUGAAAAUAUAUGUCCAAC